AUGACUUCACCAACUAAACGUAAUAAGGUUGUAGAUCAAUUGCAAAAAAAUCCGUAUUUUGAAAAAUAUGCGGAUCGAAUUGCUGCUUUGCAAAAAACUUCACCCGAAGAAUUUUUAGAGAGAUUAGAGAAACAAAAUAAGAAUAAAGAGGAAGAAAAGAAAAAGAAAUUUGGCAGCGUUGAUACCAGACAAUUCUCCUCUGUCUUGAACCCAAAGAAAGCGUUGACAGAUGAUAUACCAGUAGACGAUAAAAAACUUGAUACUAUUUUUAAAUUAGACUUGGGAUAUGAGUUUAUUAUGUGUCAGUGCUAUGGACAAACAGUUCAUUUCACGCCUCUUCUUGCAUUUCAGGUACAUAAAGAAAAUGCUCCUGAAUGUUUAACGAUGAUACACUAUACUGAACUAAGAUCCAAAGGAAUUGUUCUAAUGAGAGGAGAGUAUGACAAGAAUGUUUUAAAUGGUCAAGAGGCCCAAUGCUUGGCAAAUCAGUUCCAAAUGUAUUUUAGUGGAAAAGACCAAGCCAAAUUACAGCUUCUGGAAACAUUCAAUAAAAAGCCAGAUUCUUUUAAACAUAUGGACUUAAUUGCAGAGUUAGAAAAUAUUACCCUUGUU